CCACGCCGCCACGCCCAUCCAGUGCCCCCACGCCUCCACGCCCAUCCACUGCCCCCACGCCUCCACGCCCAUCCAGUGCCUCCACGCCCAUCCAGUGCCCCCACGCCUCCACGCCCAUCCACUGCCCCCACGCCUCCACGCCCAUCCAGUGCCUCCACGCCCAUCCAGCACUGCCGGAGGAACAGUGGAAGAAGUACCAGCUGAUGACCGGAGAAAGCAGGGAGAGGCUGGAGUGCCGAGGGGUGCCACUGCAGUGCCUGGACGAGGCGGCCCGGGAGGAAAAGCACCAGGCCGAGGAGAUGAAGAGGGACAAUGCUGACUUGGUGGACAUGAACCGGAUGGGCAAUGCACUGCACCAGGCCAGCUUCAUCCUAGUCAGCACAAGCUGUUAUGCCCACACUGACCCCGGCCACUAUGUCCCCGCUGAGCUGAGUCUGCUGCGCUUCAGCCUAAGGAAUGGAAUCAUGAAGUUGUUUCGCUGUGUUGUUGCGCGCCUCGGACAAAGCCUGUUGGCUCUUGGGGGGGUGCCGAUGGACGGGAAAGGUCGUGCAGGCCUGGACGACAAAACCAUGGGAGGAGGAGGGAGACUUUCCCUCGCUUGGCUCUGAGCAGGCCAGGAAAGAUCGUGCAACUGAUGGAAGCUGGGACAGGAAGUUGCUGAUAUGUGGUAAGUUACUAUUGUCUCUCUCAACCAUGAUUUCUACCAGUCUACCACAAUCUACCAGGGUCUAACCACCACACAAUAUUUGCCCAACAUCCCUCUUCCAGUCUAACACAAUUCAACCAUGUCAUCACAAGUUCAACCCAAAAACUCAACUUGUUCAAAACUUUUUCAACUCUGUAACCCCAAAAUCUCAACCCAAGACCUGACAUUCAACCACAAUUUCUACCACUCCACCACAAUCUACCGGGACCUAACCACCAUAUAUCU